AUGCACAAGACCACUAGGUACUCGCAUAACUAUGUUAAAGAUGAUCCGGACGUUUCGUUCCCAAAAAAGGACCAAGAUAAAGGAAUGGAUUCAUCACCCGUCGAACGGGGAAACGGAUCGGGCGUGUUGUAUCUGUGGCAAGGAUCGCCGGCCGGUAGUGGAGGCCCAUCCCAUGAGCGGUAUGUAUUCAACGUAGUAGGGAAAUCUUGGCAUCAAGCAUGUCUCCGAUGUUCCGAUUGCUUGUCACCAAUGAGUGAAACGUGCUUCAGUCGUGAUGGUCUUAUUCUGUGCAGGACCGAUUUUACGAGGAGGUACGGUCAACGAUGUGCAGGAUGCGAUGGAGCGUUGGAAAAAGAGGAUUUAGUUCGGAAAGCUCGGGACAAGGUGUUUCAUAUCCAGUGUUUUCAGUGUUCUGUCUGUCGACGACGCCUUGACACUGGGGAACAGCUUUACAUCCUCGAAGGAAAUCGUUUCGUUUGUCAACAGGACUUUCAAAAUGCCACGAAAAGUUCCACUCCCUCGUCGACGUCGAAUCGACCAGUGUCCAACAGCUCGGAUUGCAAUUCGGAUGCCGAGGAGGAGAACGUGGAUGGUUCUGAAGAUGUCCCUGUCGACGAAACGGAGGGCGGUGAUGGAGAGGGUAAGGACGAUGCGGCGGCGGCUAAGCGACGGGGACCUCGAACAACGAUUAAGGCGAAACAGUUGGAGACAUUGAAGAAUGCAUUCGCGUCCACACCGAAGCCAACUCGACAUAUUCGGGAGCAGCUGGCACAGGAAACUGGAUUGAACAUGAGGGUUAUCCAGGUAUGGUUCCAAAAUCGUCGAAGUAAAGAGCGACGGAUGAAGCAGUUGAGGUUUGGCGGUUUUCGACCGACCAGAAGAAGUCGAGGCGGACGAGACGAGCUUUGCCAGGACAUGUUCGCUGCAGAAGGUCCUCCGCCGGGAUUCUUCAGUCAACAUCCGAUCGGGUUCUUCUGUGAUCCGUACGGUGAACGAGGUUCACUGCCGCCUCUACCUGCGUUUCCCGUUGCCUCCGACGCUCCACACCCUCUAGUUCACGAUGGUUUCGGCGAAAGAACUUCACCUAUGGCCGGAACGGGAGGAGGUGUUGUGGGGACCAUCCCGACCACUUUGUUACCUGCUGAUUUCGACCCCGAUAUGAGCGGAUACCAACCGCUUCCUUCGAUGUAUUCGACGGAGUUGAAAGCGCACCCGAUGGCCGGAUGGUAG